GCGGCGGCGGCGGCGGCGGCGGCGGCGGUCAGCGCGUCCGUCCCGUGCCGGUGCCCGGCAGCCGCCGCCGCCGCCGCUCGCAACAUGGCGGACCUGGAGGCCGUGCUGGCCGAUGUCAGCUACCUGAUGGCCAUGGAGAAGAGCAAGGCCACGCCGGCCGCGCGCGCCAGCAAGAAGAUCGUCCUGCCCGAGCCCAGUAUCCGGAGUGUGAUGCAGAAGUAUCUCGAAGAGAGGAAUGAAAUAACCUUUGACAAGAUUUUCAACCAGAAAAUUGGUUUCUUGCUAUUUAAAGAUUUUUGUUUGAAUGAAAUUAAUGAAGCUGUACCUCAGGUGAAGUUUUAUGAAGAGAUAAAAGAAUAUGAAAAGCUUGACAAUGAGGAAGAUCGCCUUUGUAGAAGCCGAAAAAUUUAUGAUACUUAUAUCAUGAAAGAGUUGCUGUCUUGUUCUCAUCAAUUUUCAAAGCAAGCUGUAGAACACGUACAAAUCCACCUAUCCAAGAAAGAAGUGACAUCAACUCUUUUUCAGCCAUACAUAGAAGAAAUUUGUGAAAGUCUUCGAGGCAACAUUUUUCAAAAAUUUAUGGAAAGUGACAAGUUCACUCGAUUUUGUCAGUGGAAAAAUGUAGAACUAAACAUCCAUUUGACCAUGAAUGAUUUCAGCGUUCAUAGGAUCAUUGGCCGAGGAGGAUUUGGUGAAGUAUAUGGUUGCAGAAAAGCAGACACUGGAAAAAUGUAUGCAAUGAAAUGCCUUGACAAGAAGAGGAUCAAGAUGAAGCAAGGAGAAACAUUAGCCUUAAAUGAAAGGAUCAUGCUGUCUCUUGUGAGCACAGGAGAUUGCCCUUUCAUUGUCUGUAUGACCUAUGCCUUCCACACUCCCGACAAGCUCUGCUUCAUCCUGGAUCUGAUGAACGGGGGCGAUUUGCACUACCACCUCUCCCAGCAUGGAGUUUUUUCGGAGAAGGAGAUGAAAUUCUACGCCACCGAGAUCAUCCUGGGGCUGGAGCACAUGCACAGUCGCUUUGUCGUCUACCGAGAUUUGAAGCCUGCAAAUAUCCUCUUGGAUGAACACGGACACGUGAGGAUAUCAGAUCUAGGUCUGGCGUGUGAUUUUUCCAAAAAGAAGCCGCACGCGAGUGUGGGCACGCAUGGCUACAUGGCUCCCGAGGUGCUGCAGAAGGGGACGGCGUAUGACAGCAGUGCCGACUGGUUCUCCUUGGGCUGCAUGCUCUUCAAGCUUCUGAGAGGUCACAGCCCUUUUAGACAACAUAAAACCAAAGAUAAGCACGAGAUAGACCGAAUGACACUCACCGUGAACGUGGAACUUCCCGACACCUUCUCCCCGGAGCUGAAGUCCCUGCUGGAGGGCUUACUGCAACGCGACGUCAGCAAGCGUCUGGGCUGCCACGGAGGCGGAGCGCAGGAAGUGAAAGAGCACAGCUUCUUCAAAGGAGUCCACUGGCAGCACGUCUACAUGCAGAAGUACCCUCCACCCUUGAUUCCUCCCCGGGGGGAAGUGAACGCCGCCGACGCCUUUGACAUCGGUUCGUUUGAUGAGGAGGACACCAAAGGCAUCAAGCUUCUUGAUUGCGACCAAGAACUCUACAAGAACUUCCCUUUGGUAAUCUCCGAACGCUGGCAGCAGGAAGUAGCGGAAACAGUUUACGAAGCAGUAAAUGCAGACAUGGACAAGAUCGAGGCCAGGAAACGAGCUAAAAAUAAGCAACUGGGCCAUGAAGAAGAUUAUGCAAUGGGGAAAGACUGUAUCAUGCACGGGUACAUGUUGAAGCUGGGAAACCCGUUCCUGACCCAGUGGCAGCGUCGUUAUUUUUACCUCUUUCCAAAUAGACUUGAAUGGAGAGGAGAGGCGGAGUCCCGUGAUUCCUGGAGUAUUUACCCCAAAAAACAUAAAAUGCAAAACUUACUGACAAUGGAGCAGAUUCUGUCUGUGGAAGAAACUCAGAUUAAAGACAAAAAGUGCAUUUUGUUGAGGAUCAAAGGAGGGAAACAAUUCGUCUUGCAGUGUGAGAGCGACCCUGAGUUUGUGCAGUGGAAGAAGGAGCUGACGGAAACGUAUACCGAGGCCCAGCGGCUGUUGCGGCGUGCCCCGAAGUUCCUCAACAAGCCCCGGCCCAGCACCAUGGAGCUGGCCAAGCCCCCUCUCUGUCACAGGAGUAGCAACGGCCUUUGACGGCAGGACAGGGAGGGCCCUGGGUGAGACAGGGCCUCUGCUCGGAAAGGCCACGCCGGGGGCUGCGGCCCUGUCAGGGAUCCCAGUGCA